AUGAAGAAGAAAGAGCUAAAAAAGCGAAAGGAUGAUGUGAAGGUCGGCUUGAUAAAUUUUGACUUGGACAGUUUAUCACAAUGUGGUAAAACAGGACAUGGUUUUCUUAUGAAAAGCUAUCGAAAGUCAGCUUGGACUCUUCUAUGUGGGAUUUCUUCACAAGACCGGAUGGAAUGCUUUGCGAAAUCAGCCGUUCAAUCUUCCUAUGCGGACCAAGUCCAAGUACAUUUGGAUUCAGAACGUUCGUUUUUUCAGUAUAAGCUGAAUCCAAUUCUGCUUCGAAAACAUCGCUCACAGCUGAUCAAAUUACUAAGCACUAUAUUCAAGCGCUACCCAGAGCUGUGCUACUAUCAAGGUCUCCAUGAUAUUGCACAAAUUGUGUUGCUUACACUUCCUUACUCUCAUGCUCUUCCUUUGAUGGAGCACCUAAUGUUUCACCGCCUACGAGACUUUAUGCUUCCGACGCUUGACGCCACGAUUAAGCAGCUACACCUCGUUUUGGAAAUUAUUCGAUAUCGUGAUUUCACGCUCUACGAGUAUUUAAAAAAGGCUGAUGUACAGUGCUAUUUCGCACUAUCUUGGCUAAUUACAUGGUUUGCACAUGAUAUUUCUGAAAUUUCUGUUGUGGGCAGACUGUUUGAUUUCUUUAUAUCCUCCCAUCCAUCUGCGGUUGUGUAUACCUGUGCUCAGAUUGUUAUGGACGAUCGAAAGAAAAUUUUAGAUCUCUCAUUGGAUAAUAAUGGAGCGGAUAUACUCCAUACGUAUUUGUGUAAAUUACCGUCGAAAUGCGAUGUUGAACAGCUCAUCCAAAAUACCUGCGCAACAAUGUCAAGUAUCGAUAUCACGUCCUUGCCGUUAGAUAAGCUUAAUAUAUCUCCUUUUAGUUCCCUUCGGAAUCAAGGUCCACCUUGGGAAUAUUCGCACGACAAAAACGGCAUGGUCGUAUUUCGAUUAUUACGUGCUGAUCACCACGACAGUGGCAUUUCUAAACAGGAUUGGAAAUUACCAUUGUUUUUUCACGAAAAUAUCUUUACUGGAUGCAAUAUGAUAACAGCAAUAACAGUUAUUGGGGUUGGUAUCGUGGCCUCUCAAUUAAUGCCUAAGUCUUCUGUCAACUAA